UAUAAAUGAUAUUAUGUACCAAAAUCUAGUUCGGUCACAUUACGCUUCUGCUCGAGAUGGCAAUAAAUUUUUUUGUAGAAAACGCGUACUUUUUCUAAUCAGCAAUAUGUUUUCGAUGGUAUAAAAAACAGCAGUUCUUUUGAUUUUCGUUUGAAACGAUUGAGCAAAAGGCAAUAACACCAACAACAACAACAGCAACAACACGCACAGUCUGGCAAUGGACUAAACAGCUGCUAGCAAGGAAAACAACCACACUAUGUCACUGCAACCGCCAAAUGCAGCCGCUGCGAACAGCGCUGCAAGUAGCGGCAAUGGCAACGGCAACCAUCAGUUGCUGCGACCUCAGACGCUUGCUGCGCCGGAUCGUGAACCCGUCGAGUUUAACAUCAAUUUGGUUGGUGCACCACCCGAAGUGGAGCAACUGGUGGACCAAAUUAAAUGCGUAGCCGAGCAGUUUCUCUAUCACUGGAAAAGUUUUCCCAUUGUGCUACCACAGCCAUUGGCCAGUGGCAGCCUAAUUGUGACGACGCAGAAUGCGACAAAUAGCGUCAGCGGUCGCAAGAAGCGACCCAUUAAUCAGAGUGACCUAUUUAUAGCGCCGCCCUUUGAUGAACUGGAUGCGGUUGCCUCCGAUGGCAGCGGCGAGCCGCGUCGCCUCACAAAUGCACAAUUGAAAAGUUUACGCGAAACUGGCUUGCAAAAGGAUAAAUAUGGAAAGCCGAAGAAAUUAACUUUGGAACAAUUGGAAACAAUACGUAAAAAUGGUGAAUUCGAUGUGCCGAGCUUGCACUUUACCGGCCAAGUGCACAAAUGGCGUCUGUCGCAGCUGUUGCAGAAGGGAACACUGCGAGCCCACGACUCCUUUCUCAGCGAUCUGGCGUUGGCAGCACGCUUUGUCGUCGUCACGGCCCGUGCUCGCAUCUUCUCGCAUUUCUUUUCUGUGGUGCAUGCAGCGCAUGCACUGCUCGAUGCUCUCAUCCGGUUGGCGGACAUGUUUAUUGGUGUGCCAGCGUUGUUGGCUCACAAUCUGGACUAUAAGAUCAAAGAGGAACGCUGCCGUUUUCUAAUUGCCGAGCUAGUGUGUCGGCCCGAAUUCGAGGAUUGUCUGGAUGGCUUGUGUUCCUAUGUGCGCAAGAUGCUGCGUCGUGCCACCAUGGAAAAGUUUGAUUUCAACAGCUGCGAGGUGACACAACCGGUGCCAUAUCUAUUCCUCACACCCAAGGGCCAGGAGAUUGAUCUACGCUUGUUCUGCCGCGAUAUCAUGCGGAAAGCGUUGCCCAUUUUGGUUGGCAUAUUGGAGCGCGAGACACGUGGUUGGUUUUUGCAUUUCCGCGAGCGCCUCAUUGCCGAACUGCGGGCCAAGAAGCUGAACGAUAAGGAGAUCGAGGAGGAAGUCAACGAGGCGGUCAUGAAGGAAUAUUUGCAGCGUGUCUACAGCUCGAUUAUGUCGAAUGCCAAGUUGGCAGAGUUGGGCAAUGGUGUGCCCCAAUUGCUGGUGGAGCAGGCGCAAUCGGUGGUCAUCAUGUACAAGGCGGUGGACAAGGUGCAACAGGAUAUUAAGCGCACACGUGAGGAUCACCAGAAGUGCCUGUCCAACGAUCACUCUGUGUUGUCUCGUGUUGCGCCCUGGCUGCGUUCGAAGCUGCGCAAUGCCGAGCAGCACAAGCUUUACAAAUGCGCCUGGUCGGCGCAUGAGGAGGCGUUGAAGAUGUGCAGCCAGCACAAUUUGCAUCAGACCGCCUACUUUUUGUCACGCGAUUUGGCUUUCAUGAAGGAACGAGAGCCUGUGCUGCUAAAGGAGCUCAAGAAUGCCAAGACACCUACGCGUAGCUUCCAGUGGGCAUGUCGUAUUUGGUCGCCGCAGGCGUGGAUCAUUCGACGCAAUUUCCAAGGGCAAUCCGAUGUGAUUCCCACCGUGAUAAGUCAGCAAGCUACAUCAAUUGUUACCCCACGCUCGGAUCCCAGCCAGCCUGUAUUUCUGGUGGAGAAGGAAAUGCUACGCACGACCAGUACUCGUUGGCCCUUCUGGAGGCUAUUGAAUCUGUUGCAGCGCACUUGGUGUUGGACUUGGAACAUGAUGUUUCUGCUUGGCAUUUUGGUACCGUGGUGCAGUCCGCUGGGAUUGCGUGCACUCUUCUGCAUCAAACCCUUCAUGCCGGAUCUGGAACUAUCGCAAAUCAAUGGGACACUCUUUCCCCGCAAAACCAGCAUCACGCAGACCUUGGCCUCGCGUCUCAUCGAGCUCUGGCGACACAUAUCAAAGUCACGAACGCAUUUCGAAACGGAACCGGAUACAGGCUUCAUUGGCAAGGGUUUGACUCGCAAUUUGAAUCGCACUUGGAACUAUUUUGUCAAAGGAUUCCUGGGCACUAUUGUCAUUCUGUUUGCAUUCCCACUGAUUUGCCUGGCAACCAGUUGCCUUAGCAUUGGUCUGGCAUUGUGUGCACCGCUUUGGAUACCCGUGUUUGUGCUCCUGCUUCACAUCUACAUGAUACUGGUGUAUGAUUUGGAUGCCCCGGAUAAUACGCGAAAUCGAUAUUGCAUUCUGCUAGAGGCGCUCGUCUGGAACUUCCUUGUACAGGGCCUGCUGCAGCCACUGGCAGCAAUUUUGGUAGCCACGCUGCUUUGUCCGCUUGCAGCAGGCCUUGUAUUAAUAGUUGGCGUUGUGCGAUACACGUUCCGUUUGCUUUGGGAUUCGCUCACGUUUCAUUUGUUCAUCAAGAAAUGCGGUCGUGUGCCAGCUUCGGAUAGCAUUGCUGUGAAACGGAUUGCUGGACCCGGUUUGGCACUGGAUUAUUACUUCAUCAUACGCCCCGAACAGGCUUUGGCAGCACUAGAGGCUAAAAUGGAACUGGAUGAGCUGCAGGCGUAUCAACAUGCCACCGAACGUGUCGUGCUGCAACCGCAGCAAGAUUUCCUGCAGUUUGUCGAAGCCUGUUUUGGACCCUUCUCCGCUCAGCUGUCGAAGACGGGUCCAUAUUUGGCGCUUGACCGGGAGGCACAGGAUUUAAUGAGCACACUACACGAGAAGCUGGAGAAACGACGUAGAGAGCUGCAAACGACAUUAACCACACAGGUCAAGUCGCGCAUUAAGCUGAAUACCAAAGAAUUGAAGAUUGCUAUACAACUGGCCGCCCAUUUACUCGAGAAAUACUAUCCGUCUCAUGUCAUCGGUAGAUUGUCGAUAAGCGAAGAAGAAUUUUGGGAUAACAAGGGUCUCUCGGUCAAUGAUUGGCCGGGACUCGCUGGUCUCAUUUACACAGAGAUAUUUAGUUUAGAUUUUCUAACGCCAUUGACUGAAAACGAUACGCAUUUUAAACUAGAACCACAUGCCUCGCUUGAUCUAAUACGUUAUACGGAGAUGGUUAAGAAUGCCAACGAUGUGAUCGGUUCGAAGGGCCUCGACUUGCUGGGCAAUGUGUAUGCGCCACGUGGCAAUGUCCAGGUGCAUUUACCAUUUCUUGAAGUGACUGCUUUCAAUCCGCGAUCACGCAUCACGUUAACUUUCCGUAAGCCUGAGAAGCGCGAUAUGUCGGUGGGUUUAACGACGCCGCGUGUGCGUGCACAUCGUGCACAACAUGUGCCAAAAGCGGCACAGGAUGCCCCCAAGCCUUGGCGUCCAUGGAAGCAAAAGAGCAGUGAGCGUAGCGUUACCGAAAAGCUACUCAUACCGCUGCCUGUUCCGCAUCCUGUGCACAUUGCAAUUGCUAUUUACAAUCGCGAUACGGAGCAACCCAUACCCUUGGACUCGGAGCUAGUCUGGGAGAUACUUAAGUCCAUCGAGGACUGUCAAGGCGGCGAUGCAAUGGCUGUACAUUCAGUGGCGCGUUACCAUGGAGCGGUGAUGGAGUCGAGCAAUGAUUCUCUCGCCACCAGCAGCAGCAUUGGCAGCACUCGAGAGUCUGGCUCUGGUUCAGUGUCUGGCUCGGCAAUUGGCAACGGCACCGAGACUUUACCCUGUGGCAAUCGAGAGGUUUGCACGCAGGUGAAAGUUGAUGCAGAGCCUGCGCCCAGCGCCUCUGGUUUCCAUUGGACGCUGAGCAAUUGGGGCGCGGCACAAACGGCACGUCGACGCACCAACUCAAAUGUGCGCGUUGACUUGGCUAGUCCCGAGGAUAUAUCGCUGGAUACGGAUAGUUCGCGUGCUGUUUUCAACAAUGCCUACGGCACCACUGUCUAAAUUGCUUGCCAUCAGCAUCUACAACUUUAUAUAUACAUAGAUAUAUAUGUAUACAUUUAGGUACAAAUACGAGUAUGUAUGAAUGCGUGUGAGCGCCGCUUCGACGCCUUAGCUCGCCUGCAUUUUACUUCAAACAACAUUCAAAUUAUUCGCAUUAUCUGCAGUUAGGCUUUUGUAUAUGACACGCAUAACCAAAAUGGCAUUUUGCGAAUUAAUAGCUUUAUUUGACUAAAACUCGUUCGAUUGAUAAUGGGCUAUAUGUUGGGCACUCCCCGAAUUGUUUGUGUGGAGGGUAUUCGAAUGGCUUAAGCAGGCAUCGCUAGUUAAAGUGUAGUAUGGAACAAAUUUAUUCAUAUACAUAUAUCUACAUAUAUAUAUAUUUACAUACACAUAUGCGUAUAUGGUAUACAUAUAUAAUUGAGUUGAUAGUAUACAAAAACUUAUUCACAUACACUGAUACACAUUCACACUCACUCACACACAAACAAACUCUAAACAAAAAAAAACAACAAGAACUUAUUUCUAGUCGCAAGCAAAUUUUAUGCAGAAAUUUAACUCGAAUUCUUCUUAUGCAACUAACAAUUAGGAAUACUACAAGCUAUAGCUUCACGCUCGAACAGCUUUAACAAGCAAGCAAAGGAAACAUUUAAGAUCAGUUGUAGUUUUUAGCUUUUGUUCCGAUUUGUACAAUAACAAAUCAACUAAUACUGCGCUGUGUUCCAACAGCAAAUUCCGUCGGCAUUUCAAUCGCUUUAAUUUUGUCUGUCUGAAAACACAUUUCAAAAUUUAGCUUCAUUUACAAAUGAAUUAAUGGUUUCAAUGAUAGAUUUGAUCAUUAAAUUGAGUUAACCAAUAGUGAGACUUAUAAAUCCACGUGGAUAGUUUCAAUGAUAAGAAUUUCAAAUCCUUUUUUUAUAGAGUAGAUAGAUAUUGCAUGAGAUCAUUAACACUGACCGAUUUACAAAUAUCAUCUUCAUUAUAAAGCAGAAGGUUCAAAAGUAUUGUGUUCCUAUAUACAAAGUAUUGUAUUGAAAUUGUAUUUUCAAUUAGGAAUCUCAAAAUGUUAGUGCUCCCUUGGAUCGAUGCUCAGACAGAUAACUGAUCAAUUGCAAUUAUAUAUUUGAUUUAAUGAAAAUUAACUGAUUGAAUUGAUAUCAAAGUACAAGUAUAGCAACAACUGUAAACAAUAGAAGACUAUUAGUUAUUAUCACCAUUUCCCCGAAUCAGUUUUGUUGAAUAUUCCAAAAGAAAUACAAAUUUUGACCGAUGGAAAAUUAAAUUCUGGCACCACUGUGCAAUGGCCAUGAGAUUUUCUUUGUACCUAAGAAAUACAAGGACCUAAUUUUAACAAAACAUAAGUAACGAUAAAUUUUAAUUAUACUAGAUGCCACGAAUUGUACUAUGAGAAGUUAAUGAAAUAUUGUUAAUUAAUAUUAAAUAUGGUAUAACAACUAAUUUAUAUACUUACACAUUGUAACAGACAGUACGUGUAUUAAGUACUAUGUUUUUAAUACUACUUCGAUUCCUUCUCUUUCUCUUCCAAACGAAAAACGCAAACAUAUACACAAUUGAACAUAAAUAAAUAGUAUAAACAAAUAAAAUAACAUAUUGUACAACAAAAACCAAAAAAACAACAGCAUUAAACAAAGGCAGUAAAUUAUACCAUUAAAAUGUAACUUUUCACAUUUAUAAAUCUAGUGAGAUUAAAAUAUACAAAUUAUGAUUGUUAACAAUUUUUCAAAAGUAUCUGCCGCUUUCCAAUUAAUUAGCUGUUAUCCGUAUUACAAAUCUUUCUUCCCCCGCCCAUUCUUACCUAUACAUAUGCCCUCCAAAGUAUUCUAUAUCCAAUCUUUUUCAAUAUUGUUAUUUUAACUGCCACACAACUUUUAGUAUUAUUUUAUAACAUUAUCUAUAAUUAUUUACACACACUAUGCACUGCUCACUAACCUCAUUUUAUAACUUCAGCAGCUUCCAGUGUUUGAUUUUUCUAUACCUUUUUUUUAAUAAUUAUAUACUACAAAAAUAAUGCAAUCUGCUAACUGUUCAGUUGAGACUAAUCUGAGCACUUGCUUCGAUCGGUUUCAAUUGAGCAUUUAAGCAAACUAGCCCUAAUUAUGAUUUUAAGCAAAACAUGAACAAAUUGAAUGAAAUUUUUACAUAUAUUCAUACAUAUAUAUGCAUACAAAUAUACAUACAUACAAGCAUAA